UGUAAACUGUGCAAUCCUCAUUCCAAGCCUUUGGUGGAAAGUUUAGCCACAUCCAUUUGUGAACCAGCAAUUGAGAUGUCAGAUUUAAAGAAAAAGUGUUGUAUAAUUGUACACGGCGGUUGCGGACAGUGCAGCGAUACGGUGAUGUGCGAAAAGCUUGAUGGUUGUAAAAAAGCAGUCUGUCGUGGUUACAAAAAAAUGAUGGAUGGUGGAAAUGCUCUUGACGCGGUCGAAGCUGCUUUGUGGUGGCUAGAGUGUGACGAAUUUUUUAACUGUGGAUAUGGUUCGGUCUUGAACCAGCUAGGCGAUGUUCAAAUGGAUGCAAGUAUCAUGGAUGGGAAUAGAUUUGAGAUCGGUUCCGUCGCAGCAGUAUCAGAUAUCGAACAUCCAAUCAGUUUAGCUAAGUUUGUCCUUGAGAAUUACCCAAACACUAUUUUGGUCGGGGAUGGUGCUAAGAAGUUGUCGAGGUGUACAGAUAUGCAUUGGAUUUCGGGAGGCAAUAUGGUUUCGCCAAAGGCCAUUUUGGCUCUGCAUUUAUCUAAUAAUUGUAGUCAGGACCUGAAAUACGAUGUCGAAGAUGUUCAAAGUGCCGAUUUAUUGAAAAGUAAUCACUGAACAUGGACGGUCAACUCGCUUGCUCUACA